AUGAAACGGGUCGGUAAUGGUAAUGGAGUAGCGGUGGCUGCUACUGGAGCUGGAGAAACUCAGGUGUGUCUUGGAAUCAUUCCAAUCAAAGUUCAAGGUAAAGGAGGCUGUAGAGUGAUUGAGACAUAUGCUCUUCUUGACAAUGGCUCUGAAGUAACAUUGUACCAUGAAUGAAAGAUUUAAAUUCACUAUGACUUGAAUGACAGGCUCUCAAAAGGUGAAUAGUAAAUUGGUGGAUCUUUUGGUGAAAUCGAUUGAUGAUUCUGUAGAAGUGGAACUGUGCAAUGUAAAAACUGUUGUUAAUAUGCCAAUUUCCACAAGUUGCAUCGCAUCGCAGAGAGAAGACCUUGUUCGCUGGACUCAUUUACAUGGCAUUGACAUUCCCAGUAUUGAAGAUGGAGAAGUUUCUCUUCUGAUUGGUUUGAAGGAAAGACCAACACUUUUCCUCCUGCUUGAGUUAAAGACUGGUGGAGAUAAUGAGCCAAUAGCCAUACAGUAUAGUUUAGGGUGGACUGUGAUGGGUCCAAUGGGCAACCAGAAAAAAAAGAUCAUGAUUGUUCAGUGAACUUUGUGUUUACAAAGGACUGUCAUAUGCAACAAGGAAACCUUCUGAGAGAUGAAGUUUCCAGGCAACGAAUCAGCGAAGAAACAAAGAAGCUGAAAGAUGAGAAUGAAACAGCGCAGCACUUCAAAGACAAGAUGGACAAGAUGGACAGUUAG